AUGGAAGAGCCCUUCUCCAGUGCCAGCACCCUGCUGGCCCCUGCCCAUGCAUGGAGCUUCUUGAUCCAGUCAGUGAAGAUAGGUCGUGGGUACUUUACUAUUCUGAGGGAGGAGAGUGAAAUGAAAAAGAAGCAACAGCAACUUCAGAAACUGAAAGAGGAAGAAAGAAAUAAAUUCCAACCAGCCAAAAAGAUCUCGGAAAUUCAGUAUGGGGACACCUUAUUGGGCACGUACGACGACGAGAAGUUUAAGAAGCUGGGGGCUGGAGUCACACUUCGCCCGUUCACCCCUGUCCACAGCUGUAUCAUUUCUCCCUCCCUACCGGAGGCUCACGUCGAGCCCCUCUUCCGCCAGCUCUGUGCCCUCCACUGGCUUCUGGAAGCCCUGACUAUCGACCACACCCACCACACCAUGAAGCCUGUGAUCACCUGCUGGAAUCCAAAGGACCCAGGUGGAAGCAAGAGCACAAUAAAAAAAAUCAAUAAGGACAAGUCCAUGGGACAGAGGUGGGAGCAAUUCGUCACAGCUUCGAAGACCAAGAAAUUCAAAAUUCCUACAGUAAGAGCCACCAGCUGCAAGGCAAGCCGACGAGGCUCCACACUCAGUCUGUCUCGGACCAGUGGAGGGUCAUCCCCCCAGGGCAGCAUGAUCUCCAUGAAUCCUGGCUCAGAUGAGCCCCAGAGUGUGGUUAUCCAGGUGACAGGCAAAGACAUCGAGGACAACGAGUCAUCUUCAACCAAGCCAGAUGAAGAACCUCUCCACCUCAAUCUGCAGAAACUCCUGGAGAUGGUUCGGGAAGAUUCCCGGAGGACAAUGAUGAUAGAUAACGGGAUGCAAAAAAAAGCACCCAG